CUUCCCCUUUUCAGGGCCUUCCCUGCAGCAUUUGCCCGGGAACUCUGGCUGUGACACCCACCCUUUGGGUCCAGCGGGCACCCUGGGAGCAUGGCAGACGAAGACCUCAUCUUCCGCCUGGAGGGCGUUGAUGGCGGCCAGACCUCCGGGGCUGGCCACGACGGGGACUCUGACGCAGACAGCGAUGAUGAGGAAGGCUACUUCAUCUGCCCCAUCACCGAUGACCCCAGGACACAUCAGAAUGGCAACUCCAAGGUCAAUAACUACUGCGGCAACCUAGUGAAAAGUGAGCAGUGCAGCUUCAGCGCCUCCCCGGGGAGCUCCUUCAGCUUUAAGGAAGCUUGGAAGCAUGCAAUCGAGAAGGCCAAGCACAUGCCCGACCCCUGGGCUGAGUUCCACCUGGAGGACAUUGCCACCGAGUACGCCACGCGUCACAGGUACAACGCCGUCACCGGGGAGUGGCUGGAGGACGAGGUCCUGGUGAAGAUGGCCUCUCAGCCCUUCGGCCGUGGAGCAAUGAGGGAGUGCUUCAGGACGAAGAAGCUGUCCAACUUCCUGCACGCCCAGCAGUGGAAGGGGGCCUCCAACUACGUGGCAAAGCGCUACAUCGAGUCGGUGGACAGGGAUGUGUACUUUGAGGACGUGCGUCUACAGAUGGAGGCCAAGCUCUGGGGAGAGGAGUAUAAUCGGCACAAGCCCCCCAAGCAGGUGGACAUCAUGCAGAUGUGUGUGGUGGAGCUGAAGGAGAGGCCGGGCGCACCCCUCUUCCACCUGGAGCACUACAUCGAGGGCAAGUACAUCAAGUACAACUCCAACUCGGGCUUUGUCCGUGACGACUUGCGCCUGACGCCGCAGGCCUUCAGCCACUUCACAUUUGAGCGUUCGGGCCAUCAACUGAUUGUGGUGGACAUCCAGGGUGUGGGUGACCUCUACACCGACCCACAGAUCCACACCGAGAAGGGCACUGACUUUGGAGAUGGCAACCUAGGUGUCCGGGGCAUGGCGCUUUUCUUCUACUCCCACGCCUGCAACCAGAUUUGCAAGAGCAUGGGCCUCACUCCCUUCGACCUCUCGCCAAGAGAGCAGGAUGCAGUGAAUCAGAACACCAAGCUGCUGCAAUCAGCCAAGACCAUCUUGAGGGGGACAGAAGAAAAGUGUGGGAGCCCCCAAGUGAAGACCCUCUCUGGGAGCCGGCCACCCCUGCUUCUCCGCCUUUCAGAGAACUCUGGAGACGAGAACAUGAGUGACGUGACCUUCGACUCUCUCUCUUCCUCCCCAUCUUCAGCCACACCGCACAGCCAGAAGCUGGACCACCUCCAUUGGCCUGUGUUCAGCGACCUCGAUAACAUGGCCCCCCGAGAUCACGACCAUCUGGACAACCACCGGGACUCUGAGAACAGUGGGGACAGCGGAUACCCCAGUGAGAAGCGGGGUGAGCUGGAUGACGCACAGCCCCAAGAACAUGGCAACUCAAACAGUAACCGGAGGUACGAGUCGGAUGAAGACAGCCUGGGCAGCUCCGGACGGGUCUGUGUGGAGAAGUGGAAUCUCGUUAACUCCUCCCGCCUCCACCUGCCGAGGCCUUCGGCUGUGGCCCUGGAAGUGCAAAGGCUUAAUGCUCUGGACCUUGAAAAGAAAAUCGGGAAGUCCAUUUUGGGGAAGGUCCACCUGGCCAUGGUGCACUACCAUGAGGGCGGGCGCUUCUGCAGGGAGAAUGAAGAAUGGGACCGCGAGUCGGCCGUCUUCCACCUGGAGCAUGCGGCCAACCUGGGCGAGCUGGAGGCCAUCGUGGGCCUGGGACUCCUGUACUCGCAGCUGCCCCACCACAUCCUGGCUGAUGUCUCUCUGAAGGAGACAGAAGAAAAUAAAACCAAAGGAUUUGAUUACUUACUGAAGGCAGCUGGAGCUGGCGACAGACAGUCCAUGAUCUUGGUGGCACGGGCCUUUGACACUGGCCAGAAUCUCAGCCCAGACAGGUCCCAAGACUGGCCAGAGGCUCUGCACUGGUACAACACUGUCCUGGAGACAACGGACUGUGACGAGGGCGGUGAGUAUGACGGGAUGCAAGACGAACCCCGGUACAUGCUGCUGGCCAGGGAGGCUGAGAUGCUGUUCGCAGGCGGCUUCGGGCUGGAGAAGGACCCGCAGAGAUCAGGCGACUUGUACACCCGGGCGGCCGAGGCGGCGAUGGAAGCCAUGAAGGGCCGGCUGGCCAACCAGUACUACCAGAAGGCCGAGGAGGCCUGGGCGCGGAUGGAGGAGUAGCGGCCGGGCCGCCUGCGGGCCAGGCCCAGCGACAGGGCUGCACGGGAAAAGGACCCACAGGCUACUUAGGGGUCCCUUGGGGGGAAGGGGCAAGUAUUUUUAGUGUGUUGUAAAUCUACUUUUGUAUGUUUCUUUGACUCUUGAAAAUGACUUUGCUCUCAGCAGAGACACUGUAGCUGUCCCCCAGGGCAGUAUUUUGGGGGAGUGGGGAUUGAAAAAUCAGCCUAACGGACCAGCAUAUCGUUUUGAGGCCCUCGUUUUGUUUUGUCACGAGAUGUGAGAAAGUGCUUUUCUGCCUUGGAAAACACUAGGGCUUCGCUCACCGGCGCCUUCAGGCCGGACGGCAGUCUCAGGCCCACAGAGCCCGAGUUUCCUGAGCCGGAGGGGGCUGUGUGGCUGCGCGCGAGCUCUCCGUGGGGGCGUGGACGGUCCCGACAGUGCACAGCCUCCCCUCAGCGUUCGGAAGCAUGCACGGCGUAGCUCUGAACGUGAGGUGGUGCGACACCCUGGCCCCCUUCUGCCAUGGCGGAGGGUCCGGCCCACACACGGACUGUUUUCUCAUCUUGUAGUUCAACUUCCCGAAAUGGCAGCUGAUUUCCUGGAAUACAGCCAAAUUCCAUUUUUAAGCAUGCUUUCUACAAUGGGCUUUACAAAACAGUUUGAUGUUUGCAUGCACCCACUGGCUGCCUCUGACUGCUCUGUAAGCUAGUGUAGAAGUGGGUGUACCUGGAGAUUUUCCCGUGGGAGGACUGGCCUGGCAUGGUGAAGGCCUUCCUCAAGCGGCCCUGUCCUCUGCGCCUCUGGCGGCAUCCACAGUGUGACUCAAGUGCCCCUGGUACAGGAUUCCUUCGUGUUCUCUCAGCAUCUGAUGUCCAGCCCUCAUCCUUGGCAUCUUCUGCUUGAAGCGAGGCGGAUUUUCUUGUCAGUCACAGCAGGAUGGACUCAGCAGCGGCACCUUGAGGUUUACCUCCCACGUUGGAGAAUGAGAGAGCAGGAACUAACGAUAGUUUCCACAUGGCCAGACAGUGGCUAAUUGUACAUAAUGAGCUUUUUCUUUAAAAAGACCUCAGUAGCAGUAGGAUUUCAGUUGGUAUUUCAAAUAGCAAAGAAAACACUGCUUUGAUCACCAGGUGGUUAAGGAGCUUCUCUUUAUUUGUUGAAAAGUCAAAACAUAAAGCAGAGUGUGACAUAUAAACCAUUCUGAUCUGUUCAUUGAAAAGGCCUUGCUGUGGAGCCAUGAACCUGUGCAAGCACUGGGUUCCAAAGUCCAGUGUGCCCCAGAGAAAAACCAAGCAGAGCUAAAAUCACCCUUAGCGUACCUAUAAAUGACAGUAUCCCUCGUUUGUAUGUGGACUUGUCACAGCCAGUUCCCUUUAGAAGUUAGAGCUGAUCACUCUUUUUCCAUUUGCAGCAGAUCAAGUAGUAGUUUUUUGUUUUUUAAACCAGUGCAUACAGUUAAAUUGCAUAUAUUAAAUGUAAGCCACAAGCAACUUUAUUGUGACUUAAUAUCUUCAAAGUAAUCAAGCCUCAUAUAAUUCAUGCUCCUUUGUUGUUAUUAAUUCAGCCAAUCUGCUCUUUCUGAGACUAUGAUGCAAAUUCCUGACCACCUCUGUCCUUUCUUAGUUACACGCAUUAGUGUUUUCCUUUAACACGGGGGAUCGGCAAACUUUUUUUUGUAAAAGGCCAGAUAGUAAAUGUUUUAGGCUCUGUGGGCCAUAUGGGCUUGGCAGGGCCUCAGUCCUGCUGUGGUAGAGCAGAAGCAGCCAUGGACAAUACCUAAACCAAUGGGUGUGGCUGGUGUUCCAAUAAAACUUUAUUACCAAAGCAGGUGGCCUGCUUGGGCUGUAGUUUUCCCACCCCUGCUCUAAUCCUUGACUGGGAGCUACUAUAUUAAGUUCUAGGAAUGAGGUAUCACAAUUUUCCAACUGCCAGCUCAAACACACUGUGCCUUGGCACAGAGUAGGCACUCAAUAAAUGUGAACAAAUGGAGAGCCAAUGCUAGUCACUGCACUCACUCUUUGUAGCUCUGGUUCCUCCAUCCAGUUAAUGAUUCAUUGUCUGGAUUGGCUUGAACCACCACCCCUGCAUUUCCACCCAGCCACCCAUAUGGCCUUAGUGUCAGCUGUUGGUGCCCUCUUCUCCAAGAGGUUGCAGUGGCCUGGAUAUAGGUUUAAGCAAAUGCUUCCUUAAGGACCAUUGAGAGUAGGAUGAUCUGUAGGAUGUUGAGGUCCUUCCGAGCCAGCAGAACUUCACCUUCAAAAACCUAGUUUUGUGCCUUCUAAAACUGGUUAGGGCAUCAUCUUUUACCACAAAUGCUGAGCAUGCAAACAACUGCCGCCCCCCCACCCCCUGCCAAAUCCCAGGACAGUCCAGCCCCACUAGAAAAUAUCAGACUGUCUUCAAGUGCAAGAAGCAGAUGACAGUCUUUGAGAUUAGAUAAGGAGAGUUGGGGAUAUCUGGUACCUUUGAUCACAGAUGGAGAAACGGAGGUUCUGGAAGGUAGAACCUUUCACAGUGACACUGCUGGUUGGCUGCUAAGCUGGAGUUGGGAUUUGAGAGCUGCUGUUAUGUAGAAGAUCCUGGGAAUAAAAUUUAAAGUUAAACUGGACUGUAAUGUCCCUUUCAGUUUUGCUACAGGUGGGGAAAAAAAGCCUUGGCCCUGGCCCUGUAGCUCAGUUGGUUAGAGUAUCGUCCCAAUACACCAAGGUUGCAGGUUUGAU